AUGGGAAGCAGAGCGUCAGGUCAUGCGACAGAUUGGACAAGAUAUGAUCGGCAACCUUUCCUUCUUCCUGGGAGGAAAGUCGGCAUCGGACGGAACAAAGUGGAGACCUAA